AUGAUGGAGCGUAUUGGGGUCUUCUCUCUCCUGCUGUGUGGAAGCGUAUACAUGAUCAGCAGCGAGACUCUACAUGUGAGGCAGAAAGAGGGAUACAUCGCCGUCCUUCGCUGUGGAAGACUAACUAAAGGCCCAGUGACCUGGAGCAGAGACAGCAACGGACAGAGAGUGGACAUUCUGACCACUUAUAAUGGAGAGACGACCAAACACAUCGCUGAUCCAGACAGACGUUACAGCGCAGGAGCAAAUCUAGUGCUGAGUAUAUUCAGAGUCUCUCAGUCAGACGCUGGUAGAUACGACUGCAGUGGAGCUGCAGUGGAGCUCACAGUGACAUCAGGAACCGGCAUGAAGACAACGACAACUUCCACAACUGAAGGCUCAUCUAGAAGAACAACUCAAGUUCUGCAGAACUUCCUGAUCACAGUAGCACUGAGCUGCCUGGUUGUUUUGGCACUGUUUCUGUACUUAUGGAGAUGUCUCUACAAAAGGAAAGCAGCACAAAAUCAGGAGCAUUUCUAUGACACUAUUGAUGACAGCGUGCCAACCACACAACCUGCAAGUGACCAACAAAGGACAAAGAAGACCGUCUACUACCUGGCAACUCAUCCAGGAGUCCAGAUCACAGACAACCAGCAGAGUGCGUACGAGGCCAUAUAUCCUCUGAAUGAAAACUCAACACCUCACGUAAACACACAAAACUCCUGCAGUGUUUUCUGAUUGUUUGAUUAUAAAUUGGAUCUUUUUAACUUAUUCAUCAAAUUAAAAUACUACAUGAUGAGAAGUUAAAGUCAGUCUGUAAUAAAUACCGUGUUCUCAAGAGAGUUUGAUUUAUGUUUAAUUGAGCAUUACUUUUUUUUUUAAUUUCUUAAACAGGAAUGACUUGAACGGUUGUAUGUACAUAUCAAAAAGCCAACAAAAUAAUCUCUGGACUUUGCUCUCAUUUGGCUACUGCUAUAUACUGACCUCCUGUUGUAUAAUAUUGUUGUGUUGUCUAACUGGUUGUAACUUUGAGAACUACAGAGACUACAGAGUUGUGUAAAACUAAAGGCACAAUAUGAUACACAGUGCUCAAAGUUCUCUUUUGCAUCAGUAUGCAAAAUUCACAGCUUUCUUGGUACAUCCAGAAAUAUAGCAAUGUAAAACCUCAUCAACUUACUAUUGAUAGAAUCAGGAAACUUAGGUCAGACAAGGAACUUGUAAAAUUUCACAACUUUUUUUCUAUUGUGUAUAUGAGAGU